AUCGUUGUUGCUGCCGAGGACGUCAGAGGAUGUUUCGCGGCGUCCUUAGAAGCAGCUGGCGGAUUUUGUUGACUUUAGUUGCCUGGCCAUGUAGGCUUUUACCUAUUUGACGAUUGCCAGAUAGCGAAAAAAUAAAACAAAAUAUCGAUUCAUUUGGCAUACUUCAUCCGGAGAGCAAGUGGUAUUGUAAGGGGUGGACAUCAUGACCGAAGCGGCUGUCCAGAUAGGGGACCAAUUGAUCCUGGAAGAAGAGUAUGACGAGAACUAUAUCCCCUCUGAACAAGAGGUCCACGAGUAUGCUCGAGAGAUCGGCAUCGAUCCUGAGCAGGAACCGGAGCUGCUGUGGUUGGCACGGGAGGGCAUCGUGGCUCCUCUGCCGGAUGAAUGGAAACCCUGCCAGGAUGUGACGGGAGAUGUGUACUAUUUCAACUUCUCCACGGGACAGUCCACCUGGGACCACCCUUGCGACGAGCAGUACCGGCGACUGGUGGUACAGCAGCGUGAGAAGGCUCAGGCCCGUGUGACCCCCGCUAAGAAGGAGAAGGAGAGGAAGAAAAAGAAGGAGAGGAAGAAAAAGGACAGGCUGCCCCUCAAGCCCGUGGGCUCAACACUAGGACCACUUCAGUCCCCUCUGAGGUCCCUCGCCCCUCUGCAGAGCUCACCUGACCUGCCUGCCCCCUCCCUCUGGGGCUCUCUCAGAAAUUCGGGGGGUCUUGAGCCCCUGAAGAAACCCCUGGGGGAAAAGGUCUCCGCUUCCAGCCUGCAUUCCGGGCUGUUAGGCGCUAAACAGGAGGAGCGAGUGUCACUUUCAUUGCCUGGUUUCAAAGAGACGGACGAGGUGUCUGAUGAGGAGAGCUGUCGGACCACACCGGAGUUGCUGAGAAAACUGGACCUGGAUCUGGAUGCCCUGGGAGGCGGACUGCGCUACGAGGACAGUGAGGUCAGUGACAUGGCUCGCCCCGAGGAGACGAUGGACCCGGAGCUACAGGACCUGGUGCUGUCUGCCGACCACAGCACCAAACCUUCCCAGGAGUCUCUUGACGGGCGAAUCCUGCAUUCUUCUCUGCCACUGGGGGACAGCAGGGACUGCAGCAGUGCUGCCGCCUCCUCCCCCAACCCCAACUCUCACUCUCCGAGACAGAAGGAGGCGGAGUGGGAAGGCGAGGGAGAGGAGAUGUGGGAGGAGGAGGAUGUGGAGAGUGUGUCGCACGACGAGGAGGAGGGGAAGGGAGCCAGGGGAGGGGAGGGUGAGAGGGAAGCUAUGAAAGGGGAUGAAGCAAGAAAGGGACCCGUGGAAAGGGCGGGGAUGGAGGAGGAUGUACAGAUGCAACGAGCAGAGUCAGAGGAGAUGAAUUCCAAGGGUGAAGGAGAGCAGAAACAGGCAAAUGUAGGAGUGAAAGAAAGUGGGGAGGAGGAGGAAAGGCCAAUAGGAGGGAGCGAGGAGGCGCAAAAUGAUUGGGAGAAGGAUGGGGUCACUGAUGAGAUAGUGGAGAGGUAUUUGAGGAGUGAAGGAGAAGAUGAGAAGAAGGAUAGUGGUGAAGUUGUGGAGAGAUCUGAAAGAAAUGAAAGAGACUGCAACAAGGGAGCAGCGGAGGGUAAGGAGGCUGAACAGUGUGCAGAUGGAGGGGAGACGCAGGGCGCAGAGGGUGCUGGAGAGGAGACGAAAAGCACGGAAGGUGGAGGAGAGGAGACGAAGGGCAUGGAGGAUCAGGGAGAGGAGACACAGGGCGUGGAGGGUGGGAGAGAGGACAAGUCAGUUUUGGAAAGAUAUUUAAUGAGUGAGGAAGAGGAGGAGAAGAGUGAAGAGGCUGUAGAAAGGUCUGCGGACAGUGAGAAACGGCGUGCGAUGGAGGGGGUCAGGGUUGGGGAUUGUGAGGCGUCGAGGGCUCUGGGCUUUAAGGAUGGAGACGAGACGGGGGACAGCGAAGAGGAGAUAAUAGAAUGUUUGGAAAUGAAAGUCAGUGAAAGAAGCGUGGAUGCGAUGGAAGAGGCAGAUGUGCGUUUUGAGGACAGGAAUGGGAGCGCGGUGAAGAGCCGAGCGUCCGGACGGGACUCGCAGCCUCCCGCCCAGGAUCUUGAGUUGAGCGAUGUCAUCGACGCAGCGUCAACCUCUAUGGAUGACCUUAAGUUUUUCUAUAAGGAAGUUGCAUUCCGGUCGAAGCUGACAGAGAAAGUUGGGGAUCUGGAUGACCUUUGUGCUGUAGAUUCUGCAAUACCACUGUUUUCCCCAAAAGCAGAGAAAACGGAGAAAGAGAGAGCAAGAGCUGAAAAGGACGUCAGGAAGAAGGCGGAGUCGCUGGGAAGUUUGUAUUUUCCCCGCAGUCGUCGCUGGGGAGAGAGUAAGGAGGAGCCAGAUUCUGGAAAGAGCCACAUCAGCGAGUCUUCCUACUCGGGACCCAGACCGGAGGUGGAGGGUGGAAGUGUGGACUCUGAAGAUCGGCCUGCGGGCCUGGGGGCGGAGCCUAGCCAGAAGGAUGCGCCUCUGAAGCUGGAGGAGGAGGAAGAAGAGGAGGAUGAGGAGGAGGAGGGGGAGAUAGAAGAGGAAGCAGAAAAGGCGGGGGUCUUGCAAAAGAGGCAGGGCCAAGCGAGGUACCUCCAGGAAGACUUAAAGGAGGAUGAGAAGGAAGGGAAGCAGGAGGGAGAAAAGGCCAUGCAAAGAAAACGGGAGAGACUGCAGCACCUCCAGGAGGAAAUGAAGAAGCAGGAGGAGGAGGAGGAGAUGAAGCUGAUAGAGGAGCGGGAGGAGAGACUCCGGGCCUUGAGGCGACGGUUGGAUGCGGAGGAGGAGGAGGAGCAGGCUAGGCUGAUGAAGGAGUCUGCGCGCGAGAUGGAAGAGCUUCGUCAGGCUGCUCUUCAGGAGAGGGCGACCCAGCAGCGAAAUCUCAGGGAGGAGUGCGAGGCAGCGAUGCAAGAGCUGAGGGCAGUGAUGGAGGCCGAGCAGGCCAAGGAAAAAGAGAGACUGGAGGACCAAAGGAAGCAGGUCUACGGGGAGCUGCAAGCCAAGAGGCUACAACUGCAGAGGGAGAAGGAGGAGCAGAUGGAGGCCAUGAGGGUGGAGCUGGAUGAGAGAGUGCAGGAGGAGAAGCGGGAACACGAGCAGAAGCUGGAGGUGCUAAAGGAGGAGCACCGGCGUGAGCUAGACUCCAUCAGGGAGAAGCACUCCGACAAGGUGGGUGUGCACAAUGUCCAGCAGAGAAAGGACAGCAGGAAUCUCGGGGAACUGGGAAGCACUUAUCCUGAGCAGCAUCUGACUGAGUACAAACGAGAGCUGGGUGAGGUGUUGCAGGAGGUGCGGCAGGAGGUGCAACGUGAGCACGAACGGAAGCUGGAGGCGCUGAGAGAGGAGCAUCGGCGUGAGCUGGACUCCAUCAGGGACAAGCAUUCGGACGAGGAGACCCGGCAGAGAGACUACCUCCUGUCCGUACUCCAGGAGGAGAGAAAGCGGCUGCUGUCUGCGCAUGACUCGCAGCUGGAGGAGCUGCGCACGCAGCUGGACGCCAAACUACAGCAAACCAGACAAAUGUACACACUCAAGGUGAGGGCAGAGGAGUCUGCCUCCGUGUCCAUGAGUAAGGCUCUGCAGGAGAGGGACACUGCCCGAGAGGAGAUGGGACGAUCGCGUGAGGAGCUGCAAAGAGUUCGGGUGGAGAGGGACCGAGUCCGGGAGGAAGCCUGCCAGUGGAAAGAAGAGAAGCAAAAGCUAGAGAGUAAAAUGCAGCCGCUACAGGACCGCUGUGACCACUUGAGUCACCGGGUUAGAGAUUUGGAAGAGCUUCAGAGUGUGAGGCAGUCUGCCGCAAAGGUGGAUGCAGACGAUGAGAGGAAAGCGAUGGGAAAUCAGAACGAAAAUGGGCCCGUGCCGACGACGUCUAAGGACAAGGCUAUGCGGGUCGACGAACUGGAGCAUCCUGCCCCAGCCUCUCCACUACCUCCCUCUGAUGGCAGUGAGGGCAGCAUCGAUGACAUGCGUCAGUAUAUCUCGGUGGAAGGGAUAUCGCUACAGAAAGCACGGCGUUUCCUGGAGAGGCAGAGCAACAGUCUGAGAGAGAGACAGGCAGCGCUACGGGCCGCCCGGAGCAGUUGGAUCCAGGACCCCAUUAAGGGGUCAGCAACUCAGGACCUGUUCAGAAACAUCCAACAGGAGUCCAUCCACAUCGAGCAGCUGAAAACCACGGUCCAGCAUGGACAGGCUCUGCUCCGCCGGAAGGAGGAGUGGCUCAGCCAGCUGGAGAGUUCAUUGGCUGAGGAGCUCUCUGACGACGACAUGGAGAGGGCGGCAGCAGACAGGAGAGUGACCUUCGAUGUCAGCGAAUCGGACUUGAGCAGCUUGGAAGCCCACAGUGGUUCAGGCCCCCACCGCACAGGACCAGCCAAAGUGCAACUUCUUGUUGAAUCUCUACAGCAAAUGUCGGAUCAGCUCAACAAUGUGCUCGGGGCCUUGGGCUCUUUGGCCCAAAAACAGAUGCCCCUAAUGCCCCCUACGCAGCCAUCUUACACUCCCCCCUCUAUAUCUAAAGCCCCCAGCUGGGCCUGGGGCGCCUCUGCCACCAGUACCCCAGCUUGGGGUGCGGACAGUGCUCUCAGCAGCCGCUGGAACAAGCUCCUUCCGGGGGAAACCAUGAACUCAGGUUCCCCUCUUUCAGGGGCUCCUUUGGCGACUCGUCCCACAUAUUCAAAGUACACGCCAGCCAGUGUGCGUCCAGUGCAGCCCACCUCAGCCGAGCUGGAUGGACAGCGGCUGCAGAACCUCAUUGACAAGAACAAGAAGUGGUUGGAGGCUUGCAGGAAGAACUCCAGUAUGCCCCUGCUGACAGGAUACCGACACCCCGCCUCCGCGACCAGGCUGGUCCAGCUCAGCCUGGAUGAAAAUAAUCAGAUAAAGGUGCACCAUUUCUGAUGGCGCUCCAACAAUCGAGGAGAAUCGGGAAAGCAAGGCAAGACAGGGACAACCUUACGCCUUAUCUGUUGUUAAAACUGCUUCCAGUGGACUGCUUCAAAUCAAAAUACUAAACAGUGUUUUGUUCCAGGGUCUUUUUGGUUCAAGUGUGGUUUGUUGUUGUUAAUAAUAAUAAUAAUAAUAAUAAUAAUAAUAAUAAUAAUAAUAAUAAUAAUAGAAGUAGAAGAGCAACAACAAACUAACAGACAACAAAUAGAUUACAUUUAUAUAGCGCCUUACACAAACCCAAAGCUGCUUUAGAAGGAGGGGAAUGACAGCAGAUGAGGAGAAAUGUCCAUUAAACAGGAAGGUUUUAAGUCAGAUUUACGAUGAAGAGCAGUCAUGGAGAGACUGAUAGAGCGAACGCUCGAGUUUGGGAGCAAUAGCACUUAAGGACCUACCACCCAAUAUCAGAAUAAUGGUGUGAGGGUCAAAUAGAAUUCUGCUAAAUGACCGAAGAGAGAUUUUCUGUCCGGGUCCAAGUUUAUUUCCAGGCGUGGCAAGCUGCACCAUCGCCGCCAGUCCUGCAAUCUUCUCACCUGUGAAUUCACAGCUACUUGCUGCUAUUGUAUUCAGAAGCGUUUGAUCAAGUGUCUGUGUUUGAUCCUUAAUGACCUCAAUGUAUAUUUUUGUACAUUAGGUGGGUGACAAGUUAGACAUUCUAGUACCCGCAGCCUCGCUAAAGAAAAGAAAAUCAACGCGAAAGCCACGUUUGGGUUUAUCUUGGGUUUGUAAUUUAUACUUGUGACCAACAUUCAGCAUCAGUGUUUGUGUUUUUUAAUGGUUCAGACCGCUGUAAUAUCUUUCCUGUAUGUUUCAUAUGUAAACAUUGCGAACUGUUACAAUAUUUUUAUAGACAGAUUUUAAUAAAGGCAUUAUAUAUUCCUUAA